AUGCUCUUGUUUUCCUAUGCUCAUAAAAUCCUGCUCGUUACAGGUCUCAUGAAACUGUCAAGAUUUCAAACGAAAGUAUCAGCUCUGCAAGGUCGUGCGUACUGUGCCACAGGUACCGCAGAUGCUCUUUUGAGCGCACAGCAUCAGAGGUUGAGCGUUCGUGAAUCUCAGGCUGACGGUAAUGAGGCCACGAAAAGAUCGGAACCCAUCGAAAUAGACACAUGGUUCCACAUCCUUUCAUAUUUGCAAAAUGCCUAUAAAGACGCCGCAAUAUCCUAUCGCCUGCAGGGUGUCACACGUCAAACAAAUGACACAUGGGCACGAAACGCUGAUGAUGCGGCCAUGAAGAGUGCUCUCCGUCAAGGAGGAUACAGUACGCUUAAUAUUUACUUCCAAACCAACCUGCAACAAUUGCCCCCGCGGCUCUCCCGUGUCAGUGGAAGUCGCGACCAGCGAGCGCGUAAGCUCAAUCAAGCGCUCUCAAGUGUACUUGGGUUUUGUACUCUACCGGACCCUAGCAUAAAUAGCAACAGUUCUCGAGCUAACUAUAUCCUGGAUGGUUGCAAUGUGCAUGCUAAAACAAUGCCUGGUGGCUCCUUAGCACAUUACAAUCGUGGCGGCACUGCGAUACACGAGGUUGGUCACUGGAAUGGUCUUCUACAUACUUUCGAGGGAGAAUCAUGCUCCAGUGGUGAUCCUGGUGAUUACAUAGCCGACACACCCCAACAAUCUGUGCCUACAGAGGGAUGUCCUUCGCAGAAAGAUUCGUGUCUUGAAAGCCCUGGCCUGGAUGCUAUACAUAACUUUAUGGACUAUUCAUCGGACGAUUGCUAUGAUUCUUUUACUCCAGACCAAGCAAGGAGAAUGCGAAGCAUGUGGGCCUCUGGGCAACCCCUUUCUGCGCGUGUUUCCGCUCUCGACAAUGUGCAUACGCGGAAGGUUCAAGCAUAUCCCAUUUCGCAUAGCCUGCACUGGUCAUGUCUCGGGCUAUGA